AAAAAAUUGAAUCCGGGAGAACGCGGAACACCACAUUGUUAAGCGACUCCCUUGUCUAGUUGUCUCCUCGGGACUUUGGUCGAUCCAUCGCUUUUCUCCUCUGCCGCAGAUCACGAUGGUUCCGCCGCCGGGGCACUCCUCUCCCAGCUCCCAAUACACCCAGCAAUUCUUGAGUAGCGUUCUCUCCCAGCGAGGCCCGGAGGCUCUGCCCUACUCGGAGGACCUCAAGUGGCUGAUCCGUCAGCACCUCCUCGCCCUCAUCGAGGCAUACCCUUCUCUCCAACCCAAGACCGGCAUCUUCACCCACAACGAUGGCCGCACCGUCAAUCUCCUUCAGGCCGACGGCACUGUCCCUAUGCUCUUCCAAGGCGUGACCUAUAACAUACCCGUCAUCAUCUGGCUCAUGGAGUCCUACCCGCGUCACCCGCCCCUUGUCUUCGUCAAUCCUACUCGCGAUAUGAUCAUUAAGCGCCCUCACCCGUUCGUCAACCCUUCAGGCGUCGUUUCCAUCCCUUUCCUUCAGAAUUGGCUUUACCCUAGCUCUAAUCUUGUUGAAUUAGCUCGCAAUUUGGGGCAUUAUUUCAGCCGCGACCCCCCUCUCUACUCCCAACGCAGACCUAAUCCAAACCCUAGCCCUUCAACCAGUGCCGGUUUUGCAAAUAAUGCAUCAAUAGGAGCUCUUUCUACUGGUCCUGCCCCAGCAAUCCGACCCACCAUACCUCCCCGUGCAUUUCCACAGUCCCCAUAUGGAACUGGCAGUGGUUCUGGGAGGGUAAUGGAUGAUCCUGCCGAUGUUUAUAAGCGCAAUGCCAUUAAUAAGCUAGUUGAGAACUUCCAUAGCGAUAUAGCAGGGUUGAGGAAGGCCAGGGAAGCUGAUAUGGAUGGCAUGUUCAAUGCCCAAUCUGCUUUGAAGCAGCGAGAUAAUCUAUUGCGCCAAGGUUUGAAAGAAAUGCAGGAUGAGAAAGAAGGAUUGGAGCAGCAGUUGCAGAUGGUUUUGAUGAACACUGAUUUACUGGAAGGGUGGGUGAGAGAGAAUGAAGCUAAGCUGAGCAAGUUGGUGAAUGUGGAGGUUGGUGAGGUUUUUGAGCCUUGUGAUGUUCUUUCAAAACAGAUGACGGAUUGCACUGCCUCAGAUCUGGCAACAGAGGAUGUGAUUUAUUCACUGGAUAAGGCGAUACAGGAUGGCGCCAUACCUUUCGAUCAAUACUUGAGGAAUGUGAGGCUUUUGUCUCGUGAACAGUUCUUUCAGCGUGCUACUGCCUCAAAAGUUAGGGCUGCGCAAAUGCAGGCACAAGUUGCUAAUAUGGCUUCCAAGGCAUCCCACUAUGCUUUAUGAUGAAGAAUGAUGAUACAUGCCAUGCAGCCAUUCAGCCGACCUCGAAUUCUUUUGGAACUAAGGCUUGGAUGUUGUUGUUGUGGACCCCAAUGCAAUCCCUUCUAUGGCUCAUCCAGUGUCCCCUGUAGGUGAUAUUCCUCAAUCUCGCUGUGCAAGAACGUUUUUGAACACCCAUUGCACCUGUCUUCUCGGUUAGUUAGAAUUUCGAAAACACGUUGUCUUUUUUUAUUGAACCCAUGUUUUUUCAUCACCACUUGCUUGUUCAGAUAUACCACAGUUCUUUGAAAAAGGAUAUUUGAGCUCAUAAUUUUGUGAUAUUGUUUUUCAAUUUUCCUCAUCCUUGGCAUUCCAUUGCAUAAACAUGUUAUUGCUUGCACAGGGCUAUAUUUAGGGUUUUGUAAUGACAGAUAGCACUACCUUUAAGUUUUUUUAAUAGUCAUUCUUUAGUGAUGAAAAGUUGUUGAGAAUUCAUCUUAUCGAUUUACCUAUUUGCAAGUCCUUGGUUCUUCUUCUAGUGAAUUUGGGAUAGUUAUUUUGUGUAUGCUCGUAGUUCCAUAAAUUUUGGAAGGUAUGCCUAAUGCCCAAUGAGGCAAGUUGUUAAGCUGCAAGG